AAAUUUCCACGUUAUGUGAAUCAAAGGGCUUCUUUUUGAAACACAUUAUAUUCCCUAAAAUCUACUGCAAAGUCUAUAAAACGCAUCUAGUGACACCAUUGCCUGCGUUUUAAGCACCACCAUAUAAAACCCUACACACACUCACAAACUCACACACUGUGCUGAUACGAAAAGGGGUCCUCUUCUUCGCUCUCGAACAUUCCCCGUAAUAUCAUCAAGCUCCACAAUGCCUCCGAAAGCUGCGAAAUCGAAGGAAGCCCCAGCUGAAAAGGCCAUCUUAGGCCGUUUCUCUUCCCACCUCAAAAUCGGAAUCGUUGGGUUGCCAAACGUGGGCAAAUCCACUCUGUUCAACACCCUUACGAAAUUGGCUAUUCCUGCUGAAAACUUCCCCUUCUGUACCAUUGAACCCAACGAGGCCAGGGUUAAUGUUCCAGAUGAGCGAUUUGAAUGGCUCUGUAAUCUGUACAAGCCGAAAAGUGAGGUUUCCGCUUUCUUAGAAAUUCAUGAUAUUGCUGGGUUAGUUAGAGGUGCACACCAAGGACAAGGGCUAGGGAACAGUUUCCUGUCUCACAUUCGUGCAGUUGAUGGCAUAUUCCAUGUUUUGCGUGCUUUUGAAGAUCCAGAUAUUAUUCAUGUUGAUGACUCUGUGGAUCCUGUGAGGGAUUUGGAGGUUAUUGGUGAAGAACUACGUCUCAAGGAUAUUGAAUUCAUGGAAAGGAGGAUAGAAGAUAUUGAGAAGAGCAUGAAGAGGAGCAAUGACAAGCAGUUAAAAAUAGAACAUGAGCUGUGUUUGAGGGUUAAAGCGUUUCUUGAAGAAGGAAAAGAUAUCCGUCUUGGGGAGUGGAAAGCUGCAGACGUUGAAAUUUUAAAUACAUUUCAACUCUUGACGGCCAAACCUGUUGUGUACUUGGUUAACAUGACUGAGAAAGACUACCAAAGGAAAAAGAACAAGUUUCUCCCAAAGAUUCAUGCAUGGGUUCAGGAGCACGGUGGUGAGACAAUUAUUCCUUUCAGUGGCGCUUUUGAGAGGGAUUUCGCAGACUUACCACCCGAAGAGGCUGCUAAAUAUUGUGAGGAGAACAAAGUACAGAGUGCACUUCCAAAAAUCAUAAAGACUGGGUUUUCAGCAAUUAAUCUCAUCUAUUUUUUCACUGCUGGACCAGAUGAGGUUAAGUGCUGGCAAAUUAGGCGGCAAACAAAAGCUCCUCAAGCAGCAGGAACAAUUCAUACUGAUUUUGAGAAGGGUUUCAUAUGUGCAGAGGUAAUGAAAUUUGAAGAUCUCAAGGAACUUGGUAGUGAGUCUGCAGUGAAGGUAAUGACUUUAGUUGUGGAAAUGUUCUAUUAUAUUACAGCUUUUUUUCCUUCUUUUUGUGGGUUUUAAUCCCCAAGACAACUACACAUUGAGGGUCAUUUAGUUUCAUUAUUUCGUAUGGACUUCUUUUCCCUUCCGCAAGAAAUAAUGCAUUUGUAUCUUCCAUUUGGGGGAACCAUGUUGAAUCAAUGAUAUUAUUUUGUGUUUCUGUUUGUAUUUUCAUAACUUUUGUGUAAUCCAUCUUUCUUGUUUAGGCUGCUGGGAAGUACCGUCAGGAAGGGAAGACGUAUGUGGUGCAAGAUGGAGACAUAAUAUUCUUCAAGUUCAAUCCUUCUGGUGGUGGGAAGAAGUAAAUUCGUGACAAGUAAUCGAGAAAGCAACAUAGGCUGGAUCACUGGAUGGAUUUGUUUGAAACAUUAUUACUGGAAUAGAUGAGCAGAUAGGAUAUCUGAAUGUAAGAGUUGUGGAAACCUGAUUCAGCAUUGUUAUACUUGCAAAAUUUUGCUUGUAGUUCUUGGAUCCUAUACUGUACUACUUUUGAUCUUGUCUACUGGUUGGUAACACACGUGAUAUGGAGUUCUUAGGCUUCUUGUUUUCAACUUUCUUGAUGGGAAAUGAUUUCACUAUUUUCCCGAAAUAUAAUCAUCAAACGAUGUUAAUUGUUGAUAUUUACUUUCAACUUUAUUAAUCAACUAAAUAGUCCCUGCGAUUUUUAGUUGUGAAAGGAUGAUUUUAAGUUGUUUGUAUGUGUGUUGUGAUCACAAAGAUCAGCUCGUUCUGUUGGGAAUCACUUAAAGCAGCUGUUGGUGGAGUCAUCAGAAACGACAGAGGCGAGUUCUUUGGGGGGGGUGGGGGGGUGGGGGGCGCUUUUACAAAUUCUUGGGAAGAUGUUUGGUUGAGACGGCUGAGGUUGCAGUCAUGCGCUUAAGUCUGGAAGUUGCAAAGCAACAAGGAUUCACCAAAAUGCUUGUUGAAUUUGAUUCUGAGAUAUUUAUAAAGUAUAAAGCUAUGCUCUAGCCUAAAUGGAAUCACAAGUUUGGAUCCUGAUUUGAGAUGCAUUCAGUACCUUUUGGACUGUAAUUGGGAAGUGCUUUUCAAACACAUAUUUAAGGAUAACAAUUUCUGUACUUCUUUUUCUUUUUUUUUUCCUUUUUUUUUUAACUUUCAAAAAAAAAAAAAGGAAAAAAAGAGGUUUUAAGGAAGAAUAAGAGAUUAUAUUUUUUUUGAUAUCGCCCCUUUUUGUAUUUCCUUGUUGUUAGAGCAUGAUUAUUUAGAUUCAUGUAAGUUUUUUUAUCAAGACAUUUAGCCUUGGGGUGUUUCUAGACUCUUACAGCUUCUAUAAGAAAUACGUACGAUGUCAUUAUAUCUUUGGUAAACCGUC